AUGGUCGAGUUUGGCUCAGGACCCGUCAAAGAGACGAUAGACAAUACUGUCUUCAUAAUCCCGGGCAUUGUCGUCGUCCUUCUGGUGGGAUUUUUCUCCUUUAAACUGGUGUCCAGCCUGCGGGAAAAGCAGAAGGCAAGAGAAGAGAAGAAAAAAUUGAAACAACAACGGAAAGAGAAGGACGGCAGUCAAAAGAAUAAAAAGAAGAAAUAA